AUGCCGCAAGCCUUCGACAAGUGCAAAGAGCGACCGGCGCACAUUGAGGAAAUCCUCAACGGCCUCAACCGAUACAACCCCGAGACGACGACGACAUUCCAAGAAUACGUCACCCAACAAUGCGAGGAGAAAUUUUUUGAUGCCUAUGCGUGUCUGGCACUGCUGAAGCUGUACCAAUUCAAUCCACAAUUACUGCACCCGGAAACGGUGACCAACAUCCUGGUCAAGGCGCUGACCGUGUUCCCUUCGCCCGCGUUUUCUCUCUGUCUCGCCCUCCUCCCUCCCUCGACGAUCCCCUACCAACCGGGAAACACGUCGGUGCCCACCACCGAUUUCACCGAAUCGAUACAAAAGCUCACCCGUCUGAACACGCUGCUCGAGUCGGCGCAGUACGAUGUGUUCUGGUCCACGCUCGAGUCCGAUGAUCUGUAUGCCGACCUCUACGCGGAUGUGGCGGGAUUCGAAGAUCUGGUGCGCAUCCGGAUUGCAGGCGAGGUGGGAAAGACGUUUCGCCAGAUCGACCUGGGCGUCCUCAGCGCGUGGCUCGAUCUGCGGGCAGAUCCCUUGGUCAAAUUCGCCCAGACCGCUUGUGGCUGGAGGGUGAAUGGCCAACAAGUCGAUAUUCCGGCGAACGCGGAGAACGAGGCCAAGAGCGAGGUAAAGGGCGAAAGAGUGGCCGUGGACAUGUUUGGCCGUGUGUUUAGGAGAGCCUACGAGGCACCUGCGUGA